AUGGUUAAGCCAAAGCUGCCCGAACAAAAAGUAAGGAGUGAACAGACGCCAAAGCUGCCCACUCAUCACCUUGUCAAGGUCGAACGUCAUCCACGAAAAGGGAAAGUUGUCGUUGAAAAGGUACGAGAGCACAGCGGCGGCGCCCGCAGCGAGCAGGUACGAGGCAGUGAGCGGCGGUACCCGCGUGAGGGAACGAAGAAGCCUACUGUAAAUCAGGUGGUCGUACUUCUGAAAAAACGACCUCACGUUAAACUUGUUCACACGCUUUACAGCGCGGUCAAGGAGAGCACCGACCUCCAAGCAGGAGGGGACGGUGGCAACGGCCUUAGUCCUCACGAGCGCCCGAAUAGAAGGAGCAUUCCUUACGCCCCUUGCGUCAACCGGCCUGUUUGCGCUAAAGCCUCGAACCGGGCUAACGCUGGGAGCAACGAGAGUGCACCCAGCGGAGCCGCUGCCGCUUAA